AUGAUUCAGUUUCAAUCUAGACAGUUGGUGAAAGACCCUGCCGCGGCUGCUGGUGAAUCUGAUGUAGAUCAGGAGACUAGGACCAUCCACAGUGGCCUUAACGUUCAUGCAGAUGAGUGCCACGCCAGAGAAUCCAAAUGCUCGGCAGAGCUAAGUGUUAAGAAAGUGAAUGAGGAGAAUGGAAGUACGGGAAGACGAAAGAGGGGAAGAAAGCCAAAGGCUAAAUGUGGUUGUUGUGUUAAUAGGGACAUAUGCGAUGUCACAAAAGGUAGACAUGAGUGUCAAGUGGCGGCCAGCCCAGCAAAGCGCUCCAAAACAAGUGUCGUAAGGCAUCAAGUGCCGACCUCUUUCACAAACGAUCCAGAAAAGGGUAGCCAGCCCAAGAAAAGAGGACGAAAGCCAAAGGCUAGGCUAUGUGUUAAUUGUGGCAUGUGUGAGAAAUCGAAGUGUGUGUGUGUUGUGGGGGACAACCAGACAGAUUGCUCCAAAACUGACGUUGUAGGAAAGAAGAGGUUGGUGACUGAUGUGAGUGAUGCAGAAAAAAGUGGUGGUGGUUGUGGCAGCGGGCAAAAGCAGAUGAAGAAACGAGGGAGAAAACCAAAGGCUAAGCUGAUUGAUAAAUGUGAUGAGGUUUGUGGCAAUCUAGAGAGCAUGCAGGUGUUGGUAGCCCGUGAAGAACAUACCGCUAGGGGGAACGUUGGACGUGAUACCGAGCAGGUUCUUCCUCUAGGCUAUCCUGUAGACAGUGUGUCGUAUAGAGAGACGGAGACUUGUACUAGUGGUCCAUGGGAGGUGAUGCUUAGUAAUUGUGAUAAAGAAAGAGAGAAACCUGAGAUGAAGAAGAGAGACCAGAAAUCAGGGCUUGUGAAUAGAAAUGAAGUGGUUGAGUCUAAAGAUGCGCAUGUCAAAAGACAGAAAGUAGGUAGUUUGGAUCAUGUCCAGCUAAGCAAAGUCCGUACUGUUCAUGUCCGGGUGCGGCGCCUAGAAAUUGACAAUAUUCCAAAAAAGACAGGGAUCACCUCCGCACAUGUGGAACGUGAUGUCAUGACGCUACAAGAACCUAACUGUAGUGAUGGUGAAACAAAGACAGAAGAAAGGAAUGAUGCAGCAAACCUGAACUGCUCAAAAAUGGAGCUCAGAAGUUCUAGGAAGUUACAAGGCAAUAGUCCCGAUUCCGAUGUUGCUCAUGAGAAAAGCCAAGAUACCGCAUUAAGCAGCUCAGUGCAUUCUUUGAACCUGAUGUCGCUGCAUACUUGUUUUGCAAAGUGCAAGAAGAAAGAUAACCCACAGGCGGAGGGAUCCUUGUCUAGUGAAGCAACAAUUCGAAUCAGUAAAUGUUCGACUGCGGAUUAUUACUGUCGCUCUCCCAGCCUCAAAAAUCCAGUAGUCAAGUUAUAUAACUGCACCAAACUGCAGAAGUUAUUGCAGUCCUCGGAGCUCAGGGGGCCCUUCUUCAAAGUUGAUAUGUUUCCCGGAAUUAAAUCAGAUGUACAGCAUCAGGUCCAUCACAGUGACAUUGUAGAAUCCGAUAACAUCAUUCAUUCCCCUGCAGGAAAUGAAAACGAAAACACAAAAGAAUUGGUAUCUGUUGCAAAUGGAAAGGCUAGAAAAGGAAGUAAAAGAAUAAUGAAAGUGAACUGUGAUAUUGGCAAAAAAACAAACAAAAUAGCCAACUAUUCAGAGGAAGGAGAUCCAACCGACAUAAUGUCCUUUCAGUUUACUGCUGAGAAUCAAGACCAAGCAAGUCACGUUGAUUAUUCAACAGAGAACACAUCAGACGAUUUAAAUAAUAAAAAUGAAUCUGUGUUGGAUUUAUUCGAACUGUGUGAUAAAAGUCCUGUUAAAACAGAAACGUACGCUCCACAGGAUCAAUGUCGCGCACAAUCACCACAUCUGUUUGAUGCAGAGAUCAACAGUGACAACUCUCCAGAUAUGCCGUGUUCAAGCCAUGUUACAACGCAACGUGAUAAGCACCAAGAUGUGGAAAGUCUUGCCACGGAUGGGUGUUUAGUGGAUUUAGUAGAAGAGCGUGAAAACGUGUCUUGCCAGAGAGUCGUGCCAUUUACCGGUAAACAUAUUUGGAAAUGUUCUUGUGCCAGAACUAGCGUGUGGACGUUUCCAAAGAAAAGAACAUCUAGUGUUGAGGGUAGAGAUGAACCGGGCCUUGACAGAGAACACUCGCUGGAUGUUGGAGAGCAGGAGGUCAAAUCUAGAAAUUUAGAUGAGACUGAUGCUGAGAUUAGAUUUAAAAAGAUGAAAUUAAAUCCAAAAGCCAAAAAAAUGCCAUUUCUGAAGUCUCUCUUGAGAAGCUGUUUUAAACGGUCACCCAUUGACCAUGAAGCUAUAGGGAUAAAGAGUGAAGCACCUGAUGAUGCCAGCAUAACAUUCAGUGAUCAGAAACAGACCAUGAUCAUGUCAAAUGUAUCAAGUGACCAAUCACCUUCGGCUAAAAUCGAAAUGCAUGAGCUAAUUAGCAAAGUCAUAUCUCGCAGCAAAGAUCUUUCUUUCGUAUCCAGAAUGUCUGCCAUUAAAAGGAGUGAACUGAUGAAAAAAGUCAUAUCUCGCAUCGAAGAAACGGCUCUUAGGCAAAAAAUGAACAAACACUUUAACAACUUAACGUGUGAUGUUAAAUCCGAGGAACCUUUAGAAAACAACGCUGAGACGUUAGCGCUUCGCCCGCAGGAUACAACCAUUCAAAGCCCAAGGAAAAUAUUUAGCGACGAAGCUAAAAACAAACAUCUUAACAAACAAGUUGACGAGAGCAUUGCUGUUCCUGAACUCUACCACAUCAUAAAACCAAAGACGCUGCCAGAUUUCAAAAUCCCACUCCGGAAGCCUAAAACAGAACAGCCUCCAGAACAUCAGAAUUGGUGUGUGGGCGAGCCUGGGAAGAAUGUUCCGGUAUCGAUGAGUCGGCAAGGAGAUGCUCCUGAGGAAUCAUUUGUGGCUUCUGUCUUCGUGGUAGAAAACCCUGUCCCUGAUACAGCAGGUCAGCUACCUUCUUCAAGCGAUGAAAUUGUAGAUAACCAUGCCGAAGGCUUUGAUUGUUACCCAAGCAGCAGUGAUUGUUACCCAAGCAGCAGUUAUGCGCCUAAUGAUUCCGAAACUACAGAGUCAAAUGUGAGAACUUUUUUGUUGAUGAAUAAUGAAAAUUCAGAAACGGACAACUCUGACACUGAACUCUCCGAUGUAAACGGUAACUACCAAAGGCGCAGAGAUAAAAUGACUCCGGAUGUUUUAAAAGCGUAUGAAGAUGACGUUCUGGUUCUAGAUGUCAUCCAGGAUGACCCUGAUCUCUUUGGCGAUGGUAACAGAGAUGAACAAAGCUCGCCAGUAUGCUUUGGCACCAGGACUAAAAGUUUAUCUAACACCAAGAGAGAGGCAAUGGUGCUGCCAUGGAAUGUUCCGAGAAGAGAGAAAUCGCCCAAGAGCAAAUGCUUUACCAAACAUCUGAAGGAUCCAAUAGAAAGCUACACAGAUUUCAAAAAAGAAUUGCUUGCAGGCAAGAACAUAAAACAUGAUUCAGCGAGUAGGUGCAGCUCUAUAUCUGAAGGAGUUGAGGGUAAUUGUGAUUAUGAGCCACUUUUGGAAUUUGAAGAGAACCAGUACCCCCAAGAGCUUGAAGGAAAGUGCGAACUUCAGGAAAAAUAUAACCAAGAAGGUCCAGCUUACACGGGGAACAGGGUUGGAGAUUUGUGUGACCAGCCACAUCAGGAUGUGCCUCAAACGUUACCGUUUACCAUAACAUCAGACUCUCCAGUGAACCAUGAUUGUCAUCCUGGGAUAAAUGAUUUUAGACCCAGCGGGAAAAACAUACCUACUCCAGACAUGAUGCAUCCAGAUCACAUAGAGAAGUGGAAACUUGAUCACGCUCCUCCUCAUCCCAAAUCCAUAAAACAAUCUUGGCUGCCGCUCGGAUACUGCAAAUAUUUUUUUAAUACUUUGCGUGGCUGCGCAAAAAUGAAGUGUUUGUUCAACCAUGUACCCAAGCAAUCUGAUGAGAAGCUAUGCAUGGAGUUGUUGCACAAAUUUGUUGAUGAAAAUAACAUAUUUCUCCUAAGACGGGCUGUUUGGGUAUUUACUGGAUACUACAGAAUAUAUACAGUAGAUGUGCACUAUGAUCCGGAAUUACUGAAAAAUAUCCUCAACGCGCUAAUUAACUGGAGAUUAUGGCAGGAUGUUUUCUACCUACUGAACACGUGUGCCAUAGCAAAAAUAUUGCCUCCAGCUGAGAUGGUUGUUAGGUUGUUUGAACAGAUGGCAUCAGGAGGCUUAUCAGUGUCUGUGCCCGUUUUACGAGACACAUUCUGUAAGCUUGUAGAAGCUGGGAUCAUUUUUACUCCUGGGCAAAUCAAUCUUAUAAUAUCAGCAAUGAGUCAGCUUCAGGCAUCAAAAGGCGAUAUCAACAUUAUUUUAGCCACAAAAUCAAGAUUUGAGAUCCAGGCUCCCAAAGCCAACCACCUAAAUGACUUGGAUUUGGCAAUAGCUGAAGUUGAGCAAUGUAUAGCGAAAAGCGACUGGAUCAAACUGGGAACAUUAUGUCUUGAUGUCUGUAAAGGAUGCGAGAACCUUCCUGACCUUAAGAAGUUCUCAAAUUGUGUCGCUGAAGCUCUCAAGAAAGAAUUGAAGGAAGAUAGACAUGACAUUCCAUUCUGUGUCUUUGCAGAUACAGUGUACAAGGAGCCUCAGCUAAACGAGAUAAUAAAAAAUAUUCUCGGGAGAAUUGGAAUCUCAGUCGUUUAUCAUUAUCAUCGGAACGAGCUAUGGCAUAAGGGAAAACAGGUACUUCACAAACUUAGAGAAGGGCACAUUAACUUCACAGUACUUAAAGGUCUAUCAGGCCCUGAAAGUUCAGCAACGCGAUGUCAAGUGGUUAACACAGCUACAGAGAUCUUCUUGAAGUGUGGAAUCCUAAAGGAUGCUGUUUGGGUACUGAAAGAGUCUGAAUGGGUAAUACAAAACUCAGUUUGGCCCUGCGACAGGAUGGAUGUACUGACCCGCCAUAACCUUCUCUGCACAGUAGCUCAAGAGACAUUAGCUAAGAGCAUGUUUAGCGUGUGCUUUGAGGUCCUGCAGCAUCUUCCUGGAUUCCAUGACUCCCAGACGGAUGUAGAUGUAUCUCAGUACAGUAUACUGUUUAACAAGCUCCUGAGUUCAUGCGUUGAAAACAAGAGCCUCAGCAUGUCCUCUGCUGUGGCCGACUUCAUGGCAGCCAAGAAUAUACCAAUCGACUUCUUCUUUCUCAGAGAAUUAAUCACGGCUUUGGGACAAAGCUGUCUGUGGCUCAGAGCAAGGGAGCAUUACAAAUGUGCUUUAUCGUUGGGCUGCUACCCGCCUAUGGAAGGCAAUGUUUACCAUAAAGUGCUUCACAUCCCUGCUUAUCUUUCAGAGAUAGAGAUGCUCUUAGCUAUUGAAAUGUUUAUGGUAUCAAAUGCUAGUAUAAUUCAGUCGCCAGGAGGCAGCAACAAGAUUCUGCAGAUUCUCCUCAAAAGGAAUGAAGAUGAUAAAAUACAUCGAGCGGACAGUUAUCACGCAGCGGCAGACAGGCUGAGUAAGGCCACGAGACUGUCAAAUCCAAGACUUUUCAUACGGCACAUGACUGUCAAUAACUCCAAGGAGCAGGUGUAUAUCCUGGACCACACGUCUUCACUCAAAUGGCUAACUGAAAACUUGAAAUGGGCAGGAAAAGUUUGGCUCUUUCAGUAAGUCAUGGUUAUGUUUUUGGGGUUUUUUCUUUCAAAACUGUUAAUUACUCAAUGUUAAAAUAUUGUAAAGAGAAAAGU